UUCGAUGGAAAUAUCGUUUGGUCAAGGAGGCCUCGCCCAUCCUGAUUUUCUAUAGGCUACGCUUACCAUCAAUCGCCCGAGUUGUAAAUAAACUGGAGACGGAAGCAUGUUGUUAAGGGGUGGGAUCUUCCUGUCGCCAUUGCUGAGGCGAGAACCCGUUUUCUAAUAGGCUGAAAGCUGCUUCUUCCCGCCCUCUCGCGUCAGUUGCUAAGAGGCGGGACUAUAGGGUCCGUAAAGGACUGAGUGCUCGAAGCUCCGCCCACCCGAUUGGUUGGUAGGGGCUGGGCCUUGUAGCGGAUAGGUUGCUGGCCCUGCCUAUUCCGAGUUAGUUGCCGGGGAGAAGCACGUGAGGGGGAGGUGGUAUGAGGCGACCAUGGCGGGAGGAAUGAAAGUGGCGGUCUUGCCGGCAGUUGGUGCCGGGCCCCGGAUUUGGGGAGCUGGGGCAGUGUGGCUGCGACUGGUCCUCUGUGGCUGCUUGGUCUGCGGCUCAGCCGGAAUUGAUUUAAAAGUGGUCAUGCUUCAGGAAUCCAAAGUUUAUUAUAUGAAUACCAGUCAACAAUCCUGUUAUAAAAAUGUGCUUAUCCCAAAGUGGCAUGACAUAUGGACACGGAUACAGAUCCGGGUAAACAGUUCCAAACUGGUACGAGUCACCCAGGUGGAGAAUGAGGAGAAACUGAAGGAGCUAGAGCAGUUUAGUAUCUGGAACUUUUUUUCCUCCUUUUUAAAAGAGAAAUUGAAUGACACCUAUGUUAAUGUGGGUCUAUACAGCACAAAAACCUGCCUCAAAGUUGAGAUUUUAGAGGAAGACACCAAGUACAGUGUCAUUGUGACCCGGAGAUUUGACGCCAAACUCUUCCUCAUUUUCCUUCUUGGACUUAUGCUAUUUUUUUGUGGAGACUUGCUAAGCAGAAGUCAAAUCUUCUACUAUUCCACUGGAAUGGGUGUGGGAAUUGUGGCCUCCCUACUAAUCAUCAUUUUCAUUCUCUCCAAGUUUAUGCCCAAGAAAAGUCCCAUUUACAUCAUCCUGGUGGGAGGCUGGUCCUUUUCUCUGUACCUCAUUCAACUAGUUUUUAAAAAUUUACAAGAGAUCUGGAGGUGUUACUGGCAGUAUCUCUUAAGCUACGUCCUCACAGUUGGAUUCAUGAGUUUUGCAGUCUGUUACAAGUAUGGGCCCUUGGAGAACGAACGAAGUAUCAACCUGCUAACCUGGACCUUACAGCUGAUGGGCCUGUGUUUCAUGUAUUCUGGCAUCCAGAUACCGCAUAUCGCCCUUGGCGUUGUCAUCAUUGCACUGUGUACUAAGAACCUGGAGUACCCUGUUCACUGGCUGUACAUCACCUACAGAAAGGUGUGUAAGGCAACAGAAAAGACUGUCCCCCCUCGUCUCCUGACAGAAGAAGAGUAUCGGAUACAAGGAGAAGUGGAGACCCGAAAGGCUUUAGAGGAGCUUAGAGAAUACUGCAACAGUCCAGACUGCUCAGCUUGGAAAACCAUUUCUCGAAUCCAGUCUCCAAAGAGAUUUGCUGAUUUUGUGGAAGGUUCUUUCCACCUCACUCUGAAUGAGGUCUCUGUCCACGAGCAGGAGUAUGGCUUAGGGAGCAUUAUUGCCCAGGAUGAACUCUAUGAACAGACAUCCUCUGAGGAGGAGGACGCGGAUCCUCGGUACCCCAUUGUCGCACAACAGAACAACUUCCUGACCUAGGUGGCAGUCAGUUAUCUUCACGUGGAUUGGCUUGUACCUGGAUGGUGCAGGUUGCAUGUGUUGUGCAAUUGCUUCUCAAAUCUUUGUAAUAGAGGGAGAUAGUGCAGAAGUUCUCCCACUGAAAUUCGAGGCCUGAAUGUGAGUAGGCCUCCCUCUGGAAAUGGCCUUGGUGGUCUCUGGGAUCUCACGGAAGGAGAGUGGAUAAAGUAAGUGAUUGCUUUAUCACUCAUCCUUAUUGCUUUAUCCCAUUGCUUCCCAUUGGUUAAGCUCUCGGCCCACCUUUAUGUUUCCAAAGAACCUGGAUGGCCACAUGGCAUUCCAGCUCCUCUUUGAAAGUUGAUCCAGUCAUGGCAUUUCAAACUCAGAAGUGAGAACUGUCACAUGUGAAGUAAUGCUUUCAGACUAUAGGCUGCAUGUUUUAGAGACGAAUCUACAGAUCUGAGUCUCUUCCACUUCUGCUUUUAUUUCAGUGACUUUAGCAUAAUCCUCGCUUUACCUGUUUUAAGAGGAAAAUAAUUAUUUAUCUGUCUUGCUUUUUAAAUGAAUACAUUUUAAAAAAUGUAACAAACUCAUGUUGCAGAACUAGCAAGUGACAAGCCCCAUAGGCCCCUACCUGCUUAUCUACAUGGAUUAUCCAUUAAAGCUGCAGGAGCUGUCGUGUUGACCUUGGAGUUAGUUCUCACACCUAUGACAUUCUCAGUCCUGCUCGCUUUCAGGAACAUGCCAGCAGGCCCGUCUGUAGGGGAGGUCUGUUGGCCUUUUUAUUAUAUUUAACUUUCAGUUUCAUCUUAAGAAUACAUUUGCGUGCUUCCCUUCUUGUUCCUCCUUGCCCCCUUUGCCCUUUCAGGAAAGGUCCAGCUCCUCACCUCUGAGUUAUGGGCAGCUCAGCGCGUUUCAUUUCUUACCUCCUCUUUGCCCGGCUUACAGCAGGGCUUUGUCCUGCUAGUUGGGAGGGGUGGUCUUAUUGAGGGAAUUUAAAUGCUUUUUAUAGGUUCUCCAUUUUUCCUGUCAGUGGGUCACGUAUCUUUGAAUUGUUGGGAAAUCAAGAAACUGUCUCCUUUUCCUUUGCCUUCCUUUUUCUACCCAUUCUGCCUGUUCUUUUCAGCCUUUCCUUACCACCUGGACCCCUCCCUGCCAGGAAGCCUGGCUAGUUUGCAAGCCCUGAAACGAUCCGCGAAGGGUCUUGACACAGCAUACAAGUUGUGGCCCUGCAGCUGCCUCAGUUUACGCUGCCAGGAGCUGGACCUCCGGAUAGUCCUCGUGCCUCCCAUGCUCAUUCUGCCAUCAGGGUCAGAUGCAUUUUUCCAUGAACUUCUUGUACUUACUUGCAAUUCCAUUUCUGACCAGAGAUUCAUGCUGCCUUUUAUUACAGUGGCACUGGUUUCACAUUCUCUUGGCGCUGGAAAGCACCCUUAUAAACCAGCAGCGCCGUUUAUGAGGGAGCAAACUCCCAAGUCUCUGCUGCUUGCUCAGUUCUGCCUUUGUGAUCUUCACCCUCGUACGCUGGAGAAAGCUAUAGUUACUUUAGCCAGGAAGGUGGACACUGAUGGCAGGGAGCAUGGCAUCGGACUGGCUGGCUCACUGUGAUCACGGAGAUGGCAGAUGAUUUUUAAAAAGCUGUAAUGUCUCCUUCUGACCAGCCAUUUAGCAGAUAAUUUUGAAAGGCCUUGGGCUUUGUCACUAACUUCCAAAAUGUGAGCACUGAGACUCCCCUCCAGGUGGCCAGUUGAUUUUUUUUUCUGCCAGUGUUUUCCACAGCUUUAAGCUGUCCUAAACAGACAACUACCUCAAUUGGCAGCAAAUAGAUAUACAGCAGAAAGUGAAAAAUAAGCAGUAUUUGGGCAGAUGCAAUGGGUUAAAGUUGCUUUAUAUUGGGAAACCUUUAUACCUUUUGAAUUAUGUUCAUGGUAAAAUGUUACCCCUCUACAAAGAAAUGUUAAGGCCUCUGAAAUUUAUUAUUUUUUUGCCUCAUUUAUAGAAAUGAAGACCUAGCAUCUUUGAGCAUAAUUUGAUUUAAAAAAAUAAUUCGGCUGUACAAGUGGUCUCAGGAUUUCCUGAAGACUUUGGUGCCUUUCUCCACAUACCUACUUAGGGUCAUUGUCGGUUGCCUCCAGGGUGACUUCCUGACUCAUGUCUUUCGUCUCUAUAUAUAUUCUUCUUCAAAUUCUUUUUCAUUAUCCUGACUCGUAUCUGUGCUUCAGUGAGAAAGCAUCGUGAAGUAGAGAAAGAUUCUCCUCUUUUUCUCUUUAGUAAACUCUUUAUGUGCUACAGUUUCCAUCUCAAGACUAGUUUUUUCACUGUGUUUGAAUUUGGGGUGAGUAGAAUCACACUCAGUUUAUUACUCCCUGUCUGGUAGUUGGAGAACUGGGCUGUAGGCAGUGGCGACGACAACGGGUCCCUCACCAUGAGAGCCGCUCUCAGGCAGUGAAGGACGGUGCCUCUGAUGUGCUGUGUCCUUGCCCUGCCUGCCUGUGUGGCUCUGCCCCAGAUGCUUCCGGGCCUCUGUGUGCCCGGAGAUUGCUCGACUCCAUAAACCUUGUUUGGGAGCUGCUCUUGUCUCCCUCUUGGCCACUUAGUCUGCUGGCUCAGUCACUACUUGAAGCCCCCAUUUAAUUUUCUCUGGCAGUUACAGCUCUUGCAAUUUCAGCAUAGUCUCAUCUCUCAGACCGAUCUCAUCAAGAAGGACUGAAGGGGUAACUGUGGAGUGAGCUGGACAUUGGAGCCACGUCUGCUGCCACGUCAGCGUCUUGCUCGGCAAAUACCAAGCUGUAAAUGGACGCUAGGGCUCAGGGUCUCAUCAGCAUUGGAAAUCUAUUGCCUCUAAUCGGUCUGCCUGAGCUGUGUACAGUAUGACUCCCCUUAAUGGGAGUACAAGAGCCAACCGGCCUAGAACAUUUCCCCUUCACUUUCCCACUCACAUUGCUUCCACAAGACCGAUGGAACCAAUGACUGAAAAUAAGAAAAGUUUUGCAACUUUAAUAUCUUCUAAUAAGAAAUUCCUAUCAGCCACUUCAUCCUACCAAAGCUAGUUUAUUUCUCCCCCCAAAUUCAUGACUUUUAGGUCUGUUACAGGAUUUUGCUGCAGACAGACUUGGAGUCCCAGUGUUCCAUUUUGUGCUAAUGUGUCCCCUCCUAGGGCUAGCCCUCUCUUCAGCGCAGUCCCCACUCGGCAUACACGGUAGAGAUUUGAUGACUGAAAGGACCCAGAUAGGCCAGAUAGCUCCCCCAGGCCCUGAUAGCCAUAAAAGGCUUGGGGGUGGAUUAUGCAAUUGCCCUCAAUCUUUUUGUUGUUCCAGAAAAAAAGAUGGGCUCAGAUGGAUGCCUGCGUAAAAUGGUUCCUAGCUAUGUACUCAUAACUUCUCUCUGAAUUGAGAGUGAAAGUUGAAGUAGGAGGAAAGGAAAUUAAAUGUCCUUCUAGUAUUCCUUUAGACUGAGGCCUGACAUAUGAGAUAAUAACCUAUAUUGAAAUGCCAAGAACUUUAUCUGAACCAAGGAGAGGACAGUUUGACAGAUUUAUUAUACCUUCAUGUUACAUAGGCACUGAAACCAAGUAAUAAACAUAAAAUAGCCAUUGCACAAGGCAGAUGCACCUAAAACCUUUGGUUUAUGUUUUGAUGUAGCAGAAAUUAUUUUUUAGGGAAACCUAUGCAAUUGUGAUCCAGCGGUGUCUCUUGGUAACUUAGCUUACGGAUUCAGUUGCUGUUGAGUUGGAUUCCACAUGGUUACUACCUUGAAAAGGGAGUUUGGUGCCUUAUGUGAUGGGAGCCAGAGCCUGCCGGGAAUAAACAAAGCAGAUUUCAUGCCAGUGUCAACGCACAGCUUUAAUGGGGAUGGAAAUGGCACAAAGCCUCCCAAAUUUGGGGCUUUUGGCUCCUAUACCACCCACCCAUGUGUGUCAUCUUCCUUUUCACACUCAUAACAAUAACUUGAAAAUGGUGAAGUCACCUUCUCUGAAAUUUUCUACAGCAUGGGCAGCAUUCUUAUCUUGUUGACAUAAUAGCUCAUAAUGUGAGUAUCAGAACUGUUAGCCUGCGAUUGCCUCAGUCUACCAUGUUUCUAGAAUUGAGGGUGAAGUAGCAGGGGUAAGGAAUUACUGGGUCAGUUUUAGCCUGUGGGUAAUGCCUUAGUGUUAUUUUAAAAGAUUUAUCAUUUAUAUUUAAAAUAAGUGUCAUGAAUGUUUGAAAGGAACAAAAUGAUCAGGGAUGACUUAGCCAUGGGUCUCAUUUUCACUCUUUUCUGUAAGAAACAAAUAAAAAUGUCUUAUUAUAUAUAUUUUUUCAUUUUUAUUGUACAAGUUUGUAAGUAAUCCCAAUUUUAAUAAAGUUUUAUAGAC